CCCCGCAAAUCCCCAAAUUCCCAAAUGUCCAGACCCUCCCUUCCCCCCAUCUUCUUCUUCCUCCUCUUCCUUCUCCUCCUCCUCGCACCAUCCUUCUCCAAACCCUGCCCCCCCUGCGGCUCCACCACCGUCCCCUUCCCUCUAAGCACAUCUCCUUCAUGCGGCGAUCCCACAUACUCCAUCCGAUGCGCCUCUAAUUCUUCUUCCCUCUUCCUAGACGCCCUUUCCUCCUCCUACCCUAUAUCCUCAAUCUCCCCUUCCUUGCAAUCACUAACCAUCUCCCUCCUCCCAAUCCCCAUAUCGACCAACUCCCCUUCCUCCUGCUCCGCCUCCGAUACCUCUUCCGGCGGCCUCCUCCUCAACUCCUCCGCCCCCUUCAACAUCUCCUCCGCCAACUCCAUCCUAUUCCUCAACUGCACCAAGUCAAUUCUCGAAUCCCCACUAAAUUGCUCCUCCUCUAGCCCGUGCCACGCCUACCUCAACUCCUCCACCGACUCCGCCGCAGCCGCGUGCCGGAGAUCGCCGAUCUGCUGCGAGUUCCGCGCAGGCGGAUCGUCAACGGCCUACGCGCUUAGGACGAACCCGACGGGUUGUAGUGCGUAUCGGAGCUUUGUCGAUUUGGAUACGGGGAGCACGCCGGUGGCGGAGUGGAGCACCAAGGAAGGGGUUGCGCUCGCUUGGGUCGACCCACGUGAGCCAGUUUGCCGGAACCAGGCAGAUUGCGAGGAUGGGGCAAAUGCUACGUGUACGGUUGAUCCGCAGUCGUCCGGUGGAUCGACGGUCAGGAGGUGCUUCUGUAAUGAAGGUUUCCGGUGGGAUUCAAUCGCCGGCUUGUGCGCCUACAACAUCACCGAAUGCACCGAUUGCAGCAGUUCGAAGAAUCAUGCUCCUCUGAUUGCAGGUCUAGUCUCCGGCCUGAGCGCGGCUGCCCUCGUCUUCGCAGCCGGCUUCUUAUUCUACCGCCGUCAACGCCGCAUCCGCCGCGCUCGCGAACGCCUCGCCCGAGAGCGCGAAGAGAUCCUCAACGCCCACAAUCCUGGCGGCCGCACCGCCAAAAUCUUCUCCGGCCGCGAGCUCCGCCGUGCCACCUCCAACUUCUCCCGCGAAAACCAUCUCGGCUCCGGCGGCUACGGAGAUGUCUACCGAGGAUCUCUCCCCGACGGUACCCCCAUUGCCGUCAAGUGUGCCAAGCUCGGCAGCACCAAAUCCACCGACCAAGUCCUCAACGAGGUCCGCAUUCUCUCCCAGGUGAACCACCGUUACCUCGUCCGGCUGCUCGGCUGCUGUGUUGACCUUGCGCAGCCUCUCAUGGUCUAUGAGUUUAUACCCAAUGGAACCCUUUUUCACCAUCUGGCAAAGGGUGGCCUUUCGUGGCGCCUUCGGCUUUCCAUCGCGCAUCAGACGGCGGAAGGACUUGCUUAUCUUCAUUCUUCGGCCGUGCCGCCGAUUUAUCACCGGGACGUGAAGUCUAGCAAUAUAUUACUUGAUGAAAAGCUCAAUGCCAAGGUGGCGGAUUUCGGCCUUUCACGGCUGGCGGAGGCUGAUCUCAGCCAUGUCACCACAUGCGCUCAGGGGACUUUGGGAUACCUUGACCCAGAAUAUUACCGGAACUAUCAGCUUACAGAUAAGAGCGAUGUGUACAGCUUCGGAGUAGUUUUGCUGGAGCUUCUAACUUCUAAGAAAGCCAUCGACUUUGGUCGCGGUCCAGAAGAUGCUAAUCUGGCGGUUUACGUUCAGCAGAGGGUGGAUGAGGAACGGCUUAUGGAUGUGGUGGAUGAGAAGCUAAAGGCUGCAGCGAGCCAGGUGGAGCUAGACUCAAUGAAGGCUUUGGGGUUCCUGGCCAUGGGCUGCUUGGAGGAGAAGAGGCAGAACCGACCUUCCAUGAAGGAGGUUUAUGAGGAAAUUGAAUACAUUAUAAGCAUUGUAGAUGGGAGUGUCGCUGGAAACAAUCAAGAUACGACUGUCAGGGAUUUGUACCAGUGAUCGACUGAAACAUAUUGGUUUGGUGAGUAUGUUUUAUAAGCAAGUUUGCUUUCUUGUCACUGAGUGGUGUUGGUUAUAGGCUUCGUUUGGGACGGUUUUUUUUCUGCUUCUUAAAGCAACUUUUAAGAAACAGAAAAAAAAUCGUCCCAAACAUAGGCAUAAUGUGUCAUUUUGUGUCAGGAAAAUGGAAAAAAUUUAGGGGUUUAUAUCAUUUUUAAACAUUUUAAAUAAUUUGAGGGAUCAAUUUCUGUUGAUAAGGGAUCCUACAACAUAAAAUUAGAUACACAUUCGAUUUGAAAUAGGUGUGCUAACUAUGUUUUGCUAUCUGAUCAUUUGCUCCUUAAUAGAAGCAUGCUGUUUUAAA